AUUUAUUGACUUGAAGUGUUUUUAAUUUUAAUUUGGUUUUGUUUAUUUUUUCCUGUCUAUGUGUUUGUCUAUUGUUUUUUUUUUAAAUUUAUGUUCAUUCAAUUGAUUUACUUUUUAUAAUGAGUGAUCCAGGAUUCGGUAAAUUGGAAAGUUAUGUGAAAAUAUCUAAAUUAGGUGAAGGGACCUAUGCAACUGUUUAUAAAGGACAAAGCCGAUUAAACAAAUCUCUGGUUGCUCUUAAAGAGAUACGGUUUGCCCAUGAGGAGGGAACACCCUGUACUGCUAUACGAGAGGUGUCCCUGUUGAGAGGAUUGAAACACAAUAAUAUUGUCACACUUCAUGAUAUUAUUCAUACGGAUAAAACUCUUACCCUGGUAUUUGAAUAUUUGGAACAAGAUUUGAGACAAUAUAUGAACAACUGUGCUAACCUUUUAAGUAAGAAUAAUGUGAAAAUAUUUCUUUUCCAAUUGCUGAGAGGUUUGUCUUACAUUCAUCAUCGACAAAUUUUACAUCGAGAUUUAAAGCCACAAAAUUUGUUAAUCAACGAAAAGGGUGAACUUAAAUUGGCUGAUUUUGGUUUGGCUCGAGCAAAAUCGGUACCAACUAAAACUUAUUCAAAUGAAGUUGUUACUCUUUGGUAUCGACCACCCGAUGUCCUUUUAGGUUCAACACAUUAUACAACCUCGAUUGAUAUGUGGGGUGUUGGUUGUAUAUUCCAUGAGAUGGUUACCGAUAAGCCAAUGUUCAUGGGAGCAAAUGUGGAAGAUCAAUUAAAUCUUAUCUUCAAAAUAAUGGGAUCACCAAGUGAAGAUACUUGGACAACACUCGCUCAAAAUAUUAAAUUAAAUUCUAAUAUCGAUUUAACUGAUUCCAUGAGGACAAAAUAUUCUCGAUAUAAACGAUCUUUAAGUGAGAGAAUCCGUCGAUUAGAUGUUGAUGGACUUGAUCUACUUUAUAGAUUUUUAGAGUAUGAACCAACUUUUCGGUUAACAGCUGAUGGAGCCAUGAGGCACAGUUUUUUCAAUUCUUUGGGGUCUCAAGUACAUAAACUAAAAGAUACUGAUUCAAUUUUCUCAGUAACCGGAAUCGAAUUGGGAUUUAACUCAAGCAUACCCAAAAUUGCUCGAACCUCUCAAUGUGAUAGUAAAAUCUCAUCGUCACAAUCACAACAAUUCAAAGUGAAAACUGACAAUUCCUGGGCGGAGACAAUUAGAUGUAAACAACAAAGACUUAUAAUUAAUGACCAAUUAUAAUUAACCAGUUGACAAUUUAAAUAGUUGAACAAAUUAUUUGCUUGUGUGAUGGUUAAUUGUCUUGUGUCCUUUUUCAUCAGUUGAUACCCUUUUAUAAUAGUGAAACCUAAUUUAAUUUAAAGCUUAAAAAAAACCAACUAAAUACUAAUUAAUAAUCCUCUUUUUUUUCAAUUGGUUAAUUGGUUAUUUAAUUGCUGUUUACAUCAAUUCGACCCCGCCUAGGAACAUAAAUUGAAACUUAUCGACAAUUCAUCAGCUAUUAAUGGUAAAAUGGAUAAAUUCAAAUUACCAAUUUCUUCAUUCAAUUGAAUUCCAUCCUGAUUAUUGCAAAUCAACAACAUCCACCACGUCGACCUAAUGUGAUUCCUACCUUUCCUCCUGUCCAUCACUCCACCACUAUUACCACAUCCAUCAUCGCAUCAUUUACCACCUUCACAACCUCAACACUAUCAUCGCUAAACAAAGACACUAACCAGAUAAUAACUUGAAUUACAACCAACAUACACUUGAUUAAGUCUUUUUUUUCUCUCUCUCUUUUCAUUCAUCUUUCUUGGAUUACAUUUAGUAGAUUUACGUCUAAAAGUCCGGAAGUCAUUUUAACGCCUUCGAAUAAAUAGAAAAAAACGAAUUCGAUUCAAAAGGAGAAGCCGAUAAAUUUACUCCUCUCUACUAUUCUCAAUGAAGUUUAUGUUUAAAAUUCAAUGACUAAUGAGAGAGGGAAGGAGAUUCUCUCUAUAUCGUCACUAACUGUCAUUUAAACCAAAUAAGAAGUGGAGAAAAUGAUUCAAUUCUAAUUCUUUUCGAUUUGUAUGAUGAUCAUCUUCAUCUUUUCCCAUAAAUUGGACAACCUUUACACCUGAGAUGUUUUAUUUUUAUUCGAAUACAUCUCUUUAUUAUCUCAUCUAAUCAACCAUUGGAAACAAUCAAUUGAUUAUGAAAGAUAAACGAUCCAAAGUAUCACAAGCAAUUGAUUCUUGAGAAUUAUAGAAAACUUGAGAUCGACAGUAACUUUGGAUAAAUUUCAACAAUUCGACAGAUCUGGUUGUUAUCGAGCGAUUUCAGUGCCAUAUAGUCAAUAUGAUCUUAAAUCUUAAAAUACGAAAAUGUUUAACCAAAGGAAACAUGGAAGACAAUUAAAACUUCGAGAAUGAAACAAUCGUCCAGCAAUUACAUAAACUAAAAGACUCUCUUUUCCCUGAAAAACUUGAUCAUCCAUCUAAGUGUUGUUAUUAAAAUAACACAAAAAUUGCAACAAUUAAUUAACUUCCAUCUUUAUACUCACCUGAAUUUUUAUCUUAAUUAAUCUCCUAGAUCAUUGAUUAUUUAUCAUCUUUGAGAAGACUCAAAGUUAUAAUUUAUUUCAAACUUGAAUCAAUACAAAUGAUGGUCAAAUUUGAUUAAUUUAUCUUUUACUAAAAGCAUCAUCAUCUUCAUCACCAAUUGGGAAACUUUUGUUAUUUCAUCAUCAUCCUCACCAAUACGUGAUUAUCAUCAUUUUGAUAACAAUUAACUGGCGGCCUUUUAAAGAUGAAGAGACAACCUAAAAGUAACCAAGACAAUGAGGAAGUCGUUGACCAUUGGUCAUUGGAAGGAUAAAUACACUACAGAUUUGGAUGGCGUUAAAAAAAAAGCAAUACAAGGAAACUCUUUACUCCAUCACCCACUUUCUUUCAACACCAAACACUCAUCAACAAUCAAGCCCUUUAAUUAACUUGUUAUACUGGUCAAUUUAUAAUUGUAAUCAUAACAAAAGUAACUCAAUUCUCCCCAAGUUUCUCAUUUAUCUUCCUAUUUCUCACCUUCUUUAACUUUCUCCCUCUCCAUCUCUCUUUAGGCUGUCCAUCUCAUCUUAUAUCAACUCUCUCUCUCUCUCAAGCCUAAAUUUAAAAUUCAAUUUUCUAUUAUCAUUCACCUCCGAUUUGCAUAAAAGGUGAAUCUUUAACCAUCCAGUUAACAAAUAAUUAACCGUUAAUUGUUAAAAAAUCAAGUAGAAAUCACUUAAAGUGAUCUACGGUCAAAAGUUACUUUCUAUUUCUUUGCCUCUCUCUCUCUCUCUAAUUUACUAAUUGUCAUCAUUUGUUCAUCCUCAUUAUCUUUCUGCUUUCUGCCUUUCGUCAGAUCGUCAGGUUUCAGUCAAUUAAUGGACAUUCCAAAUUGAGCAUAAACAAUUACAAUUAACUAAUUGUAAACAAAACAUUGAUUACACUGUAUGUAUUUUCACUUUGUAAUUGCUAUUAUCAAACCAGAAAACUAUCAAGUUUUUUUUAAUUGUCAUAAAAAGAAAAGCAAAAAUCA